AUGCCAGAGGGUGACGUCAUGGACGGUACACUCACUUUCGACGGGCUUGAGACUGCCGCCAAGGUCUUUUGCGCCCAUGAUGGCGAGAUGUCUCCGAUGCUCAUUGCGCGCGACGUGCCGCUGAUCACGUGGCGUGAUGACGAGACGCUCAACUGCCGCCAGUUCCACGUCGUUUUCGGUGCCACGUUCGAUGGCGAUCCUCGGAAUUCAGCGACGCUGGCUGCGAUCUUCAUCGUCCGACGCACUCCGAGCGGUCCGCAUCAGAUGGCUUUGGGCUAUACGAUGAUGGAUCUUGGCAUCCAGAAGAUCAACUUUGGCGAUGCGUUCUACAUUGGACCUUGCAAGGACCUCACGCUGGAUGGUGAAGUGCGACUGCCAGACAUGGCGAUCUUCCAGCGCAUUCGUGGGUGGAAAUCCCUCCAGGAUCCGUGCGUGGUGCUGGAGCUCGACCACAAGAACCGACCUUUUUCGGUCUUGGAAGAAUGGAUCAAGGGUUUCAUCAGCCUCAAGACCCGCACGGCUAUCGCAAUCAAGCUCUUUGAGUAUCCGCACAGCGAGGUUGGUCACUUUGGCGCUGUUGCGCUCAAAUACGUUCGCGGCAAGGUUGGCGCCCCGCAGCUCCAGCUUGCCGCGAGCUUUGGCACGGUGCCAUUAUCGAGCGACAUCGUCUCUGGGAUGAGCGACGAGGUGCGCGAUGCGAUGCAGCAUUUCGAAGACGGGGUUGCGCACGAAGUGGCUCUGGGUCAUGCGCGCUGGGCUCAUCCGACGCUGGCUCCGCCGCGCAUCGAGCUCACGGUGGACGACCUCUGGUACCAAGAUGAAGACCACUUGCUCGGCGCGGCGCCGCCGAAUCUCACGAGCCUCUUCAUCGACCUCUACACCGUCGCCAUGCGUGCGUAUUUCGCCAUGACCUAG